AAUAAUGGAAAAUGAUUUGGUGUUUGUUUGAUCACCUGAUCUUGAGCCCCAAUUGAAUAUUUGUCAUAUGUUUAAGUAACAGUUGAGCACUUAAUUAGUGUAAGAAUGCAAUUUAUUUUAAACCUAGUUUUGGUUAUUAUGUAAUUUGCAAUGCUGUGGCUAAUGGAUCACCCACAAUUUUUGUCAAAUGAGCUCUACAUUUCUGGCGAUUCCUAUUCUGGUUUGAUUGUGCCUAUCAUUGUUCAGAAAAUAUAUGUAGGCAACUUGGAAGUUGGAGUUGAGCCCCUAAUUAAGCUCAAAGGAUACAUACUUGGGAACCCACUAACACAUGAGCAUGAUGAUCCAUAUUCCAGAGUUGAAUUUGCUCACCGACUUGCACUUAUAUCGGAUGGACUUUAUGAGUCAACAAAAACAAACUGUCACGGUGAGUAUUUGGAUGUAGAUCCCAACAAUGCACCAUGUAUAAAGGGUCUUCAACUUGUCACAAAUUGCCUUUACAACAUAGACCUUGCAAAUAUUCUGGAACCUAAUUGUGAAUUUUCUUCCCCACAUUCAACUAAACUAAAAUAUUGGGAUAGAAGUUUGAUUGAAGAGAAUCUUUGCAUUUCCUCCUUCCACCAUCACAUGACAGGAAACUAUGGUGCCGAAUGUAUAAUUAUGUGCUCUCUGACAUUUGGGCAAAUGAUGAAAGGGUUCAAAAGGCUCUUCACAUCCGAAAGGGAUCAAUAGAGAAAUGGGUAAGAUGUAAUAAGACAUUGUCCUACAAUGAAGAUCUCUUAACAAGCAUCGAAUAUCACCGAAAUCUCAGCCAUACAGAUCUCCGAUCUCUAAUUUACAGUGGUGAUCAUGACAUGGCAAUUCCAUAUGUGGGUACACAAAAAUGGAUAGAUUCUCUAGCUUUACCUGUUGACGAGGAUUGGAGACCAUGGUUUGUUGAUGGUCAUGUUGGCGGGUACACAAUGAAGUAUGUAGAGAAAGGAUUUCAUCUGACAUUUGCAACUGUGAAGGGAGUAGGUCACACAACUCCAGAGUAUAAGCCUAAAGAAUGUCUUCCUAUGCUUCAAAGGUGGCUUGCUUAUUACAAUCUUUGAUAUUAACACUCUCAGCAUCUUCAAUCCAAUUCCAUGUUAUCUUAUAUUCAAUUAAACUAGAGUUCCCAUUAGAUAUCCUUUCUGUAUUUGUAAUAAAGAGGGUAGCAUAGGAAAUAAACUUAUUUGACUGUUUGGUUAGCUGAAUAAUUAAGCUGCUUCCAUUUUCGUUGGCAGCUUUUA